CAAACUCCCCCUCCGUUGCCCGCCACGGAUUCGAAUAUAGGCCCCCUAGAAAUAAUCCUCGCGGCCCUUCCAAAAUGUCUCGCCGCAGGCUGGUGGGCCAGCCGUUAUUAUAUGUUGUAUCUAUCUUCGCCAGUCUAGGCGUAUUUCUUUUCGGGUAUGAUCAAGGUGUCAUGUCAGGUAUCAUAACGGGACCCCAUUUCAUCCAGUUCUUCGGUAGGCCAGGACCGAUACAGGUUGGGAGCAUGGUUGCUGUGUUGGAAGUCGGUGCAUUCGUGACUUCUCUGGCUGCUGGACGUGUAGGAGACAUCAUUGGCCGAAAGGGAACGCUAUUUAUUGGAGCACUGGUGUUUACCUUGGGCGGAGCGGUGCAGACAUUUACAACCGGAUUCGCAGUAAUGGUAGUGGGACGGAUUUUCAGUGGGUUUGGCGUUGGCCUUCUAUCCACUAUCGUGCCCAUAUAUCAGAGUGAAAUAUCACCGCCAAAUCAUAGGGGAGCUUUGGCUUGCGUAGAAUUCACCGGCAACAUCUUUGGUUAUGCAUUUUCUGUCUGGACCGACUACUUUUCCUCGUUCAUAGACUCAAACAUGGCAUGGCGAAUACCUUUGUUUGUUCAAUGCGUCAUUGGCGCCAUCCUUGCCGCUGGAUCACUAGUCCUUCCGGAAAGUCCUCGCUGGCUCAUAGACACGGAUAAGGAUGAUGAAGGAUUGCGGGUACUUGCGGACCUCCAUGGCGGUGACCUGGACAACGUUGUUGCCCGGGCGGAAUACAGGGAAAUCAAGGACAAAGUUAUCAUGGAGAGACAAUCCGGCGAGGCCCGGACGUAUGCAAUGAUGUGGAAAAAGUAUAAGCGGCGCGUGCUACUGGCCAUGUCAUCGCAAGCAUUUGCUCAACUAAAUGGCAUCAAUGUUAUUUCUUAUUAUGCUCCUAAAGUAUUUGAAGAGGCUGGCUGGCUAGGUCGACAAGCUCUACUUAUGACAGGAAUUAAUUCCUUAAUAUAUCUCCUUAGUACUUUACCGCCAUGGUACCUAGUUGACCGAUGGGGACGUCGACCGAUCUUGCUGUCGGGUGCCGUUGUGAUGUGUCUGGCACUCUGCGCUACGGGAUACUGGCUAUAUCUCGACUUACCAGAAACGCCUAAUGCUGUGGUGGCGUGCGUCAUCAUCUUUAAUGCUGCUUUUGGAUUCAGUUGGGGUCCACUACCGUGGCUGUACCCUCCAGAGAUCAUGCCACUUACUGUACGUGCAAAAGGCGUGUCACUAUCGACAGCGACCAAUUGGGCGUUCAACACACUCGUCGGUGAAAUAACGCCUUACUUGCAAGAGGUAAUAGAAUGGCGCCUCUAUUUCAUGCACGGGUUUUUCUGCGCCUGCAGUUUCAUCUUGGUUUAUUUCCUAUACCCCGAAACGAAGGGCGUCCCUCUUGAAGAGAUGGAUGCUGUGUUUGGUGAAGAUGAAAAAUCUGGUUACAACACCGUUCCACUGACCUCUACCGAUGAACAUGUAUCGUUCUUACCUGGACCCUCAUACCCACCCAAAUCAAAACAUGCGAAGGGGAUGUCGAGUGGAAGUUCGAGUGGAUGGGUAUCGAGAUUGUUCACUAGGAAUGGGAGCAGGAAGAAAGUGGGGGCAAGUGAGGAAGAAGAGGCGUUGAGGCCGGAGGAGGAAGACACUGACUUUGAGAUGUUGGAGAGGGAUGGGACAGAUCGAUAGCAUGCGAGUAUAUAUAUCAAGCAUAUACCAGUGUAAUAGUAUUCUCACAAUAAUUACAGACAUAUAAUCAAAUCUGCUCAUUGG